CUGAGAGAUUGCUUAGAAAGAGGCAGAUGUUGAAGCGAUACAGCACCAUGAGUACAGCCUGGGUUGGAGACUUGAGGUUCCGCUCCCCACUGACUGGUGCUCAGGCUAAGGCCAUACUGGCCAGACUGAAGGUGGAGACUGAGGCUAAGGCGAUGCUACGGGACCUGUUCAUGUACACGGUGUUCAUGGUGGCGGUUGUGGUGAUGACCUAUGGACACAUGGACGUCUACUAUAGGUACAUGCAGACCAAGUACACCCGCGAGCUGCUGGUAGGGGCACAGUCCUAUGUGGAUGAGGAGGAGCACAGCCAGUGGCUGGAAAAGAUCCACUACGUGUCAGACAUCUGGGACUAUCUGGUGGACACACUGGUACCCCAACUGCUCCCCGACCAGCCUGAGCUGGCACAGAGCUACAACUCUUACCUGGUGGGACCCAUCAGGGUCAGGCAGGUCCGUGUGGAGCCUGAUCACAGUAGUUGUGACUCCAGCUUCAAUGUCUACGGUGGUCUGAGGAAUGUGUUUGGCCAUCAGUUCUGCACAUAUUCCUUGAAUGAGGGUCAGGAAGAGAAGCGGAGCUUCAACCACACCUGGUCCAUGCCCUCUAGCCUGCCAGCAGAUGAAAUGCAGGACUCCCCGUAUGUGUAUCGCUCAGCUGAGGAACUCAGAACACUACCAUUCAAAGGUCACCAUGGAUGGUACCCUGGUGGUGGCUAUGUGACCGUGCUCCCGCGAGACAAUGCUCAGAUCGCCGAGACCAUCUUGCUGGAACUCAGCAAGUCCGACUGGAUUGACCAGAUGACCAGAUGCAUAUUAGUGGAGUUGACCAUGUACAACCCCAACGUCCACUUGUUCACCAACGUGCGACUCUCAUUUGAGUUUGAAAACUACGGUGGGAUCUUCCCCAUGAAGUCUUUCUUCACCUCACAGCUCUUUCACUACACGGAGGAGAAGAAAGUCUGGCUGCAGUAUGCAGAGGCUAUCACAGUCUUGUGUGUUGUGUUCUACACGUUUGUGGAGGUCAAGUCCAUGCUAAGACUUGGGAUCCGGCAAUAUUUCAGUGACAUUUGGAACUGGACCGAGAUCUUAGUGCUACUGGUAAGCUACACCAGCGGGCUGUUCUUCUUUCUGCGCUACUCUGCACGCCUGGAAGUGUUCUCUCUGUUCCGGAAGUAUGGUCACAGCCGCUUUAUAGACUUCAGCUUGGCCUUCUUCCGAGAUGAGGAGCUGCAGGUGUCGCUGGGCCUGCUGGCUGCACUGGUCAUCUACAAGAUGCUCAAGAUUAUCACAUUCAACCCGUUUUUAGCAACCUUCACCCACACGAUCUUCCUCUCACGUGCGGACUGCAUAGGCUACUCAGCCAUGACAGCAGCCUACCUGGUGGCCUUUGGCAUCUUCGGCAUGCUGUCCUUUGGCUCAAAACUCAUUGGUUAUUACUCAUUUGACCGGGCUCUGCUGCGUCUUUUCUUCUUCAUCAUGGGUGAGCCUGACUUCCACAAAUUGGUUGCGGCCAACUACGCCAUGGGUCACUUAUUCUUCCUGUCGGCUUUGUUUGUCACUCAGUACAUCAUCAUCAACUUCUUCAUUGCCAUCCUGCGAGAAUGGCUCAACAUCGCCCGCUGCCUAACCUACAACGAGGAGAACGCCACUCUCGCCUACAUGAUCCAAUCGCUCAAACUUUACCUUGGCCUUGGACCAAAGAACGUCCGUCGGAUAACUAACUGAUCAUCCCCACAAAUGAAAUCUCAAACUGAUUGUUUCCUCAAACUCAAACCAGAAUACUGACUGAUUGUCACAGCAAACAGGAACUCAACGCCAAAUCAUGGACUGGUUGUCUCUGCAAACCAGACAUUUGACCAAUUGUGACCCGUAUCAAGAAUUGAUUUCUUUAUGUUGAUAUAGGACAAAAGUUAGGCUCGUUGUAGAAGCAGUGGAAAGUGAUUCUAUCUCAUGUGUUACGUUCGAUUUCGAUAAACGUUAAUCUUUGUUGAGUUAAGAAGACAUUUCACUUUUGUUUUGUGUUCAAUAAAGUAUAAAGAGAGAGAAUGAG